AACCACACAAUCACGUUCGCUCCAGUCACUCUUUCGACCCAGACCUCAUCGUUCGUCGGUGUAAAGCAACCACUCGUUUUUGCGAUACCCAGCGCCCACUCUUUUCUUAAUAUACUAUCCGCUUAUAACUUCUAUAAAGUUAAUAUCUUACUAAAUAAUAUCACAAUGAAGAACUCUGUCAUCCUCUCCAGCCUUGCCCUCGCGGUUUCUGUUGCUGCUCAAGACAGCCUCAUCAGCAUCCCUAUCGGUCUCUGUGCUGGAAUCCUCGGUGAUGCCACCUGCAAGCAGACCACCUCCGCUCCUGGAGGAUUGAUCAAUGUCCCUCUGAACGCUUGUGUCGCUGCUCUCGGUGACGUUAAGUGCCACCAGGCUUCCACCGCCACUGGCGACCAGGGCUCCUUGAUCAGCGUUCCCAUCAACAUCUGCCUUGCUGUCCUCGGUGAUGUCGCCUGCAACCAACAAGCUAGUGCCCCCAAUGGUCUCAUUGACAUCCCCAUCAACCUUUGCCUCGCUGUCUUGGGAGACGCCGAAUGCAAGCAGGGUAACGGAGACUCCGGCUCUGGAGGUUCUGGAUCUUCUGUCGUCGGUACUGCCACUGGAGUGGUCCCUACCUCUGGCGUUCCUACUGCUACUGGAGUGAUCCCCACCUCUGUCGCCGGUACCGUCCCUGGAGCUGUCUCAAGCAUUGCCGCUAGUGCCCCUACCGCUGCUGCUUCCACUUUCACUUCAUACUCCACCAUCAGCGGCCCUGCUCCUUCUAACCCCCCCGCCGCUGCUCCUCAAACCAUCACCUGGUCCACCAGCACUGUCGCCGUUCCAGGAACCGCCUCUUCCUCUGCUUCCGUUGUGCCUGCUGGCUCCAGCACCGUUUAUUAUGUCCAGACCAGCACCUCGACCUACUGCCCCGGAAACACCGCUUCCACCACUCUCGUACCUGCUGUCAGUGGCCCUGCCGUCGCUCCUACUGGCGUCGUUCCUCACGGAUCCACCAAGCCCUCGACUGGGGUGACUCCAUCUUAUACCGGUGCGGCAAGCCAGAUGGAAAUGUCCGGAAUCGCCGCUGCUCUUGCUGCUAUGGCUAUCAUUGGUUUCCAGCUAUAAAUGUGCGAGUUGGUUGAUUUUGGUCCAUUAUCAUUGUUCAAGCUCCCUCGUUCGUCAUGUCCAUAAUAUGAACGCUAGGUCUCGAAAAUUGAAGCAAUGUCUGUUUUCUGGGCGCAGUGCUCGUCUCUCCCGUGUUGGGCUAUCCAGAGUAUUGUCUUCCUAUGGAUAUUUGUUUAAUAAUUAUUGCUUUCUCGAAUCGAUACCCCUUCAACCAUGCUUUGUUUGAUACACGAAUGAGCCAUGCAUGUGGGUUAUUUUCUACCAACACCAAUUUCUAUAUAUGGAAGGCCUGUCGAAGUGAUACAUGUCGGACUUGCUGUACGUACAUCAAACUUUUACGGUCCGUUGUCUUCUGCUAUGCAAUUCUUUUCAGCCAUCAAAAGUAUAUUGCGUUUCAUGUGGCUUGAUUUGCAACUACUGUAUUCUAGAUUUUGUUUCUCUAAUGUGUAUGUCCCUUAUCGCCUUUACGACAGCACUUAUUCAUGAUACUUUGAUUUCGACUGCUGC